UCUGCGUGGAAAGAGAGAAGGAGGAGGGUGGCCAGGAGCAAAACUCGCGCGUUAAUGUGCUCCAAUGGCCAGGAAGGCAGCGCCCACGCUGUCAGAGCCGCGCGCCAAAGUUCCACAGGUGGAGAAGGCUGCGAGGAUGGAAGUCUGCCGGCGUCCCAGCCGCGAAAAGCCCGCCUGCACGGUGCUCAGUGCCGCGUAAAAAGACCCAGAUGGCUGCGAUCUUCGCUUUUACGCACGGGCGCGGUGAGGACGGCGGCGUCCAGGUAUGACGCGUGAGCGGCGCUGAGAGAAAAAGCACAAUUUUUUUUCUUUUUUUCUGAAAAAGACGCACAAUGAAUCCUGAGCGCGGACCGUCCGGGUUGGCCGUCAAACUGUCCGAGAUGGGUGCGCGCACCAAGCAGCUGGGCACCGCCAUGCGCGACCCGCACCAGCAGCGGCGCAUCAUCCUGGUGAUCGUGUGCGUGGCGCUGCUCCUGGACAACAUGCUCUACAUGGUCAUCGUGCCCAUCAUCCCGGACUACCUGGCCGACCUGGAGAGCGAGCAGGCGGAGCACGUCCACGUCGUGCUGCACCCUAACGGCACCGGCAACGGCACCAGCCCGCAGGACGCGGCGCGCAUCCGCAACAACCUGGACAUCCAGAUCGGGGUUUUAUUCGCCUCCAAGGCCAUCCUGCAGCUCCUCGUCAACCCGCUCAGCGGCACCUUCAUCGACCGCGUGGGCUACGACAUCCCGCUCUUGAUCGGCCUGACGGUCAUGUUCCUGUCCACCUGCAUCUUCGCCUUCGGGGAGAACUACGCCACGCUGUUCGCGGCGCGCAGCCUGCAGGGGCUGGGCUCGGCGUUCGCGGACACCUCCGGCAUCGCGAUGAUCGCCGACAAGUACACGGAGGAAGGCGAGCGCAGCCGGGCGCUGGGCAUCGCGCUGGCCUUCAUCUCCUUCGGGAGCCUGGUGGCGCCUCCUUUCGGCGGCGUGCUGUACGAGUUCGUGGGCAAGCGCGUUCCCUUCCUGGUGCUCGCCCUCAUCUGCCUGCUGGACGGCGUCUUCUUCCUGGCCCUCAUCCGGCCCUUCUCCAACAGGACUCGAGAGAACAUGCCGGUGGGCACCCCCAUCUACCGGCUCAUGAUCGACCCCUACAUCGCGGUGGUGGCGGGCGCGCUGACGGUGUGCAACAUCCCGCUGGCCUUCCUGGAGCCCACCAUCUCCAACUGGAUGGAGACCACCAUGCACUCCAAGCAGUGGCAGAUGGGCCUCACCUGGCUGCCGGCCUUCUUCCCGCACGUCCUCGGCGUCUACAUCACCGUCAAGCUCGCCGCGCGUCACCCCAACCUGCAGUGGUUCUACGGCGCCCUGGGCAUGGUCAUCAUCGGGGCCAGCUCCUGCACGGUGCCGGCGUGCAAGACCUUCGAGGAGCUCAUCGCCCCGCUCUGCGGCAUCUGCUUCGGCAUCGCGCUGGUGGACACGGCGCUGCUGCCCACGCUGGCCUUCCUGGUGGACGUGCGCCACGUCUCCGUCUACGGCAGCGUGUACGCCAUCGCGGACAUCUCCUACUCGGUGGCGUACGCCAUGGGCCCCGUGGUGGCCGGCCAGAUCGUGCACAACCUGGGCUUCGUGCAGCUCAACCUGGGCAUGGGGCUGGUCAACGUGCUGUACGCGCCCGCGCUGCUGCUGCUGCGCAACGUGUGCCAGAUGCGGCCGUCCCACUCGGAGCGGGACACGCUGCUGGAGGAGGCUCCGCAGGGGCUCUACGACGCCAUCCGCCUGGAGGAGCGGCGCGCCAAGAAGAAGAAGCCGGGCUACCGCGCGGCGGGGAACUGCCUGCCCGUGGACGAGAACGGCUUCGACGCGUACAGGGCGCAGCAGCAGCGGUCGCCCUCCGAGGAGUCGUCCGGCGCGGAGUUCACCUGAGGCGGGCGCGCCUCACCAAAAGACGCCCCCCACCCCCAUCAUCUCAAUUAAUGCAGUGUUUUUCAACCAAUUCUUUCCAAAUCAUAAAAAAAUACAAAUAAAUUGCUGGAUUGAAAAUUUAACUCAUAACCAACCGUGCAUGACUGAUGAACAUUAUCCGAAAAUAUAAAUAAAGACAGAAUAUUAACCCGUGUAAAAAAAUAAAUAAAAACCCCCAAUGACAUUAUGAUUUGUAAAUUUUUUUUUUCUAGAAUGUCCUUUGUUCUAUUUUCAAACAAAGAAAACAAUCUGAAGUUGUCUUUAUUUUUAAGUUAUCGUGCCGUGAUUUUGAGUAGAUUUUUUUUCUCUAUCUAAAAAUGAGUUUGGCACCCCUGAUCGACAUCAUUAAUAUGAUUUGCCUGAGUGGCUGGACAGCACAUAUUUAUUAAAAAAAAUAAAAAUAAAUAAUAAUAAAAAAAAGUCAGUUACUUUUGUCAUC